AUGGGCUGCAGCAACCUCCUCCUCCUCACCAUCCUCCAAGUAACAACUUUGGCAAAUCAACAUCUUAAAUUAUUCCAGGCAAUGAGACCAAAACAAAACUCGAAUCUCUCACUCGAACUCACAGAAGAUACAUGCAAGAAGGUUUGCGAAAGAAGGGGUCUCAUGGAUGACCGGGUCGUCCUCAAUCUCACCGAUCCACAUUGGUCGUCUGCCACCGUCGGUAGGACUUGGUCGGGUGGUUUACCGAAUUGCAGAGAACAGGAAAAAGUACCAUUUGAGCAGGAAGCUCCUAGAUCUACGGACGCAAAUCUUACCCACCCGACCAAGUCCUAUGUGGCAGACGGCCAAUGUGGAUCGACCCUAGCAAAAAAUUUAGAAGCAGCUUUACGAGAGAUCGAGAAAGCCGCUGCCGCCUGCAGUCGGAAAUGGGCGUUGAAAUUCAUCGACAAGGCCCGCCAUAACGAGUUCCACUGGUGUGAUGUAUCAGAUAACUUCAGGUAUCACCAACCCAGGUGGGUCCAGUUGUGGUCUGCAGACGAUGCUGUUGCUCGCGAUGCUGAGCCCCAAGAGCUGGACCGUAGAGCAGUAACCUUGGUGUACACUGUGAUAGCAGCUUGGAGGCAAACUCCAAUCCUACGAUUGGAGCAGAUGAACCUACUAUGGCUUUGGCUGCUCCACGACGGCGAGCUUGGUGUAGCCUGGCGAUUAUAA